UGGGAGACUGAAAGAGCACGAUGUUGAGGUUAGCUUUGUUAUCCGUACUGUGCGUGUGUGCCUUAGCCGCACCCUUUAUGACCGAUCCACUUCUGAACGACGAAUGGGUGUCGUUCAAAAAGACAUACAGCAAACAGUAUGAAUAUUAUGAAGAGAUAACAAGACGUAUUAUCUGGGAGGAUAACAUCAGGUUCGUUGAAAAACACAAUGAGGAGGCUAGCAGGGGACUCCAUAGCUUCACUACAGGAAUGAACGAGUAUGGAGACCUGACAAACUCUGAAUUUGUACGCAUGCUUAAUGGAUACAUCAUGCGAAACACUUCCUCAUCAGUAAUCUUUGAUGCCUCUGACGACAUUGUGGCAGAUGAUUCAGUUGAUUGGAGGACAAAGGGCUACGUCACAGCUGUCAAAAACCAGGGCCAUUGUGGAUCAUGUUGGGCAUUCUCUACUACUGGUUCAUUGGAAGGACAGCAUUUCAAGAAGGAAGGAAAAUUGGUUUCUCUGUCUGAACAGAACCUUGUUGACUGCUCCAAAAAGGAAGGAAACCAUGGCUGUAAGGGAGGUUUAAUGGACUUUGGAUUCAAAUACAUUAAACAAAACAAUGGAAUUGAUACAGAGGAAUCAUACCCAUACGUCGGAAAGGACGGUACGUGUAAGUUCGAAGCCAGAAAUGUUGGAGCAACUGACACCGGAUUUGUUGAUGUCAGGAGUAAGAGCAUCACAGCUCUACAACAGGCAGUGUCUACAGUUGGUCCAAUUUCUGUUGCCAUGGACGCCGGCCACAAGUCGUUUCAGCUGUACAGGUCCGGAAUAUACAAGGAGCGAAUGUGCAGUUCGACCAAGCUAGAUCAUGGAGUAUUGGCUGUAGGUUACGGAUCAGAAGGUGCCGAAGACUAUUGGAUCAUAAAGAACAGCUGGGGUGAAUCCUGGGGAAUGGAAGGUUACUUUAAGAUCGUGAAGAGCGAACAAAACAUGUGCGGAAUUGCUACACAGCCCAGUUACCCAACCGUUUAAUGACAAUAGUGACUAUUUUUCUAAUAGCUUUUGGCUGGUUUAAUUAUACUAUACUAUGGUGAUAUAAACUUCUUUUUUAGUAAGAAAAUGUUGUCAAGUAGACAGAUCACAGCCUGUUCGCUGUGUUCUGUCCAUCCAGUUUAGCAAUUUCACUAUUUUUGUAUGAUCUAAAGACUAUUUCACUGUAAUAAACCAUU